GGAAAAAAAAAAAAAAAAAAAGGAAAAAAAAAAAGCUACUUUUCGAGAGAUGCCAUACCGUGAUUAAAACCAUAAUCAGGUACUUUUUCAGCAAUCCCGCCUGUCCUGUUCAGUUAGGAAUUCGAGACAAAGCACGACAUUUGAAAACAGCUGAGAUUCCAGGCUGAAAGCAACCGUAUUUUAUGACCCUGGCAGCGGAGAGUUUAUAGCACUCGCCAUAAAACGCAUCCUCCUCCCCACAUCCUCCCUGCUAAAGCAUCGCCCUCCCUCCAAUAAAGGCAGCCGGGGAGGCACCACCUUCAGCCCUCUCGUUAGGAGACACGGAGGCUGCGGCGCUGCUCUCCUGGCUCCCCUCCUACCUGGGCGAGGGAGGUUAGGCUGACGCCUUCUAGAGACAAAUCUUGUUAAACUUUCAAGGGAGGGCACCGGGAGGGAAAGGAGAAAGGCAGGAGGAGAGAGAGAAACAAAUGGGGCUUUUUCUAAUCUGUGCUGAUCAAGGAGAACCUGUAGGGGUCCUUAAGGAGGUUUCAAGGCGUUCCGAGUGAUUGGAAAGUAAUCACCGUGUCAGCUUCACCUUUCUCAUGCAAAGUGGAUGUCGUAUGCGAGGCGGACCCUGCGCAGGUUUUGAUUUUUUUUAUUCUACUUCAUCCUCGGCCUCAGCCGCCCCCUGAGCAGCCGGGCUGCUCCAGCCGGGCCGUCGCCGCCGAUGCGGGGGGAGCGGAGCGGAGCGGGGCGCCCCCAGGCAGGCGCGGAGCCGACCCCUCGCAGAGUCAGCCCCGGGGGCGGCGGGGGGGCGCCGGGCACCUUUUUGAGCCCCCCCUCUUCGAUGGUUUAGAGAUUUCCUCCUCCUUUACUCCACUCUCGGACAAGCCCAUCCCCACCUCUCGGCGAGAAAGUGCGGAGCUAGGAGAGGCAAAGACCCGACGGACCCGCCCGGGACAGGGGCGCUGUGCGGCGCUGAGCGCUCGGACCAGGACGAGGAGGAGGAGGAGGAGGAGGAGGAGGAGGAAGGGCGGUGGAAAAACAGACCGCAAAAGUGGAAGCCCGGAGACAAGAAAGUUGCCGGGCUCCCCGCAGUAAGUUUGGCGCAGCUGAGGACUGGGGGCGCUGCUCCCCGUGCCGCCCGCUCGCGGCGUUCCCCGGCCGCCCCCCUGCGCUGCCGCCGGGGCUGGGGUCGGGGUCGGGGUCGGGGCCGGGCGGCGCUCGCUGCCCCCGGCCCGGGCUAUGCUGAGAUCCGCGCCGCCCUGCCCCGCCGCCCGGCUCCCUCGCGAAGGCCGGGGGCCGUCCCGGGCCGGGCAGCAGCCGAGGGGCCGCUGAAGUGGCUGCCGCCCCCUCUACCCCCUCGCCCGGCCGCCCCAGCGCCAGGCGCCCCCCGGAGGGAGCCGCGCUCCGGCCGCCCCAGCGGCAGCAUGGGGCCGGGGGCCCGGAGCUUGGUGCGGGCCGUGCUGGUGCUGUGCUGCCUGAGCGGCUCCUGCGCUGGGAUAAGCUCUAUCGACAUCGACCGACCCGGCGACGGGAGGUGCCAGCCCAUAGAAAUCCCCAUGUGCAAGGAUAUAGGGUACAACAUGACGAGGAUGCCGAACCUGAUGGGACACGAGAACCAGAGGGAAGCUGCCAUCCAGCUGCACGAGUUUGCCCCCUUGGUGGAGUACGGCUGCCACAGCCAUCUGAAGUUUUUCCUCUGCUCCCUCUAUGCCCCGAUGUGCACGGAGCAAGUUUCUACACCGAUCCCAGCCUGCAGGGUCAUGUGCGAGCAGGCGAGGCUGAAAUGCUCUCCCAUUAUGGAGCAGUUCAAUUUUAAGUGGCCGGACUCCUUAGACUGCAGCAAACUGCCCAACAAGAAUGACCCCAAUUACCUGUGCAUGGAAGCCCCCAACAACGGGUCGGACGAGCCACCCAGAGGAUCCAGCAUGCUGCCGCCCAUGUUCCGGCCACAGCGGCCCAGCGGUGGCCAUGACCUGCAGCAGCACAAGGACAGCCUGAGCAGAACCUCCUGUGAAAACCCCGGCAAGUUCCACCAUGUGGAAAAGAGUGCUUCCUGCGCACCGCUCUGCACCCCGGGGGUUGAUGUUUACUGGAGCAGGGAUGACAAGCAGUUUGCUGUCAUUUGGAUUGCCAUCUGGUCCAUUCUGUGCUUCUUCUCCAGUGCUUUUACUGUACUCACCUUUCUGAUAGAUCCGCAGCGUUUCAAGUACCCUGAGAGGCCAAUUAUCUUCCUGUCUAUGUGCUACUGUGUCUACUCGGUGGGGUACAUUAUUCGCCUCUUUUCAGGUGCUGAAAGCAUCGCCUGUGAUAGGGACAGCGGCCAGCUCUAUGUCAUCCAGGAAGGACUGGAGAGCACUGGCUGCACCAUUGUGUUCCUGGUUCUGUAUUACUUUGGUAUGGCGAGCUCCUUGUGGUGGGUAAUCCUGACUUUAACUUGGUUUCUGGCAGCUGGGAAAAAAUGGGGACACGAAGCAAUUGAAGCAAACAGUAGCUACUUUCAUUUGGCAGCCUGGGCCAUACCGGCUGUGAAGACCAUAAUGAUCCUGGUUAUGAGAAGGGUGGCUGGAGAUGAGCUGACAGGGUUGUGCUAUGUUGGAAGCAUGGAUGUGAAUGCCUUGACUGGGUUUGUACUCAUUCCUUUGGCUUGUUAUCUAAUCAUUGGCACUUCUUUUAUUCUUUCUGGGUUUGUGGCCCUUUUUCAUAUCAGGAGGGUGAUGAAAACAGGUGGAGAAAAUACUGACAAGCUGGAGAAGCUGAUGGUCAGGAUUGGUGUCUUCUCAGUCUUGUAUACAGUGCCUGCAACUUGCGUGAUAGCUUGCUAUUUUUAUGAAAGACUUAAUAUGGAUUAUUGGAAAAUUGUGGCAACUCAACAGAAAUGCAAGAUGAACAAUCAGACUAAAAACUUGGACUGCACGAUGAAUAAUUCUAUUCCAGCAGUAGAAAUUUUCAUGGUCAAAAUUUUUAUGUUAUUAGUUGUGGGCAUUACUAGUGGUAUGUGGAUCUGGACUUCCAAGACUCUUCAGUCCUGGCAAAAUGUUUGUAGUCGAAGAUUAAAGAAGAGAAGUAGGAGAAAACCUGCAAGUGUUAUUACAAGUAGCGGAAUCUACAAAAAACCUCAACAUCCACAGAAAACUCACCUUGCAAAAUAUGAAUCAACGUUACAACCACCCACUUGUGUGUGAAUAGUUUUUAGACAAGACUAUAUCUCACCUUACAGACUUACAAAUGUCCACAGUAGCAGCCAGAAAUUAAAAAAUAAAUGGUGCUUUUUUUUUUGUCAGAGGACAGUUUAAUAUCUCAAGGCAAAAAAUGUGUCAUGCUGAAGUCAGGACCUGGUGAAAUACGGAAGGUAAAUGUACUUAUGGAAAGGUUUUCAGUGAAAGAAAUAUUGUGAAUUAAAGCAGGCUCUUCUGUUA